AGUAUUUUCAACUAGCUUCUAGCUAAGAAUCAUCAAUCGCAAUAAUGAUGAUAUCUUUUAGACUUUUUGGAGAAGACAUUUUUAUAGGAAGAAAAAGUGAUGACAAUGUCAACAAGGUCAUCAACCCUGAAGAAGCAUGUAGUAGUAAUAGUAAUGAUACUAUCACUACGAUUAAACUUUUUGGAAAAGACAUUUAUGUAGGAAGAAAAAGUCAAGAAGCAUGUAGUAGUAAUAGUACUAAUGCCACUAUUAUUACUAAUAAUUCUCUUAUUAUACAUGAAGAAAAUCAAGAAAGGGUACGAAAGAGAGGUCGUUCUUCGGAACAAGGCCAUAAUAAGUCAUCAAAGGUACCAAAGAAGCAAAAAAAUCAUGACAACGUCAAUAAGGUUAUCAUCCCUGAAAAAGCAUGUAGUAGUAGUAAUGCUACUACUAAUAAUAAUUCUCUUAUUAUACAUGAAGAAAAUCAAGAAAAAGAAGCAUGUAGUAGUAGUAAUGCUACUAAUACUAAUAAUUCUCAUAUUAUACAUCAAGAAAAUAAAGCAUGUAGCAGUAGUAACGCUACUAAUACUCUUAUUAUACGUCAAGAAAAUCAAGAAAGGGUACUAAAGAGAGGUCGUUCUUCGGAACAAGGCCAUAACAAGUCAUCAAGGGUACCAAAGAAGCAAAAAAAUCCAGGGCCGAGCAAAGAAGAAAAGAAAAAGGCAAAAUUUAAACCCCCGAAUCUUCCAAGUGAACUCGUAGAGAAAGCAAUGGGCAUGGGAGGUGGUCGCGGCGAGGUGCCUAAGCUUGUAAUGCAAAAAUACAUUACUGCUUCGGAUGUGAAAAGGCAACAAAAUCGAUUGUUGCUUACUAAGACUGACAUGCGCGAGCAUAAUGGACUUGUUUUAACCGAUGAAGAAAAGAGAGAGUUGAAAGAAGGCGGCGAUAUUAAGGUGACUUUAAUACUGCAAAACAAAGAAGAGAUGGAGCUAAAUCUAUCAAUGUGGCCAAAGAAUACGGAUGAGAAAAAGACUCUGGUGCUGCAAAGUUGUUGGUGGGAUGUGACAAACAAAAUUAAUCUCAAACAUGGUGAUGUUGCUCAAUUAUGGUCGUUUAGGUUUGGACAAGAAAGAAAGAUUGCCUUUGUUUUCCUCCAAGUUGUUAACGACAAUAACCAACUUAAUAAUGCAGUUACUAUAGCUUAAUUAGCUAUUGAUAUUCUUCUAUUAGAGGGUAAGACUUAAAAAUAAAAGAGGGAGGGUUGUUUAAUGCAACUAGUUAAUGUUGCUAUUGCUAUUCUAUUAUUACUUACAUCAAGGCUAGGAUUUAUUUCUUUUAGGGUGAAGUUUAAGGGAGUGGCCGAUACUCCUAUGAAGUUCACCGUAGACUAUCGAGAAUUUUCCGGCAACUAGUGCUGCCAUUAUUAGGUUGUUUUUAUCUUUUUCUAAUUUUAAUAGGCUGUACUCUUUAUGA